CACGGGAUGUUACAUCAGGUUUAUCGUGUGAUAAGCGACAGCUGAUGCCGAAAAUGCGCCAGCUCGCCAGGCACUGCUGAGGAGAAUGGAGGCGUACAGUAGUUGCGGCCCGGCGCUACUCCCGGUGUUGCCGGACGACGCAGCCCGUCAUCGCCAGAUGCAGAUCGUCGACGGCAGAGCAAACGGCCAAAGGUCCGUGGACCCGUACAGGGAGCUCGAGCUCUACCUCGCCAGGGUUAACGAGGAGAUCGGUGAGAUCAUAGAGUCGGUGCCACCCGCGAGAUCGGAGGAGCACCGGCCACCACGACGAGGGGAGGACGUGGUCAUCACCGUGGCGCCGGAUCCAGCUGCCGUUGUAACGAGCAACGGCGGCCCACGCCGCGAUAGACGGCAGUUCCAGGAUCCACGGGACAAGAACCGCGAGCUGGACAAGUGGUCGGACAAGCUGCUCGCCGAGUUCAACAGCAUCAUCGCCAACGAGAUAACCGAGCUGACCAGAGCGGCCCACACUCGAGGUAGCGGAGACGAGGAUAAUGAGCGGGCAAAGGGGGGUAGCAACGGUGGUGGGUGGGGUGGUUCUGGCACGAUGAGCAGCCAGCAGGACAUGCUCAGCUCGGACUACGACGAGCCGAGGGACCGGGUGACCGACGGGAGGGGAUCCUCCUUCCGUCGGGGGAGUCUGCCCGGGACCGCGUCCGACUACGACGAGCCCGUGGGCUCGCGCUCGAUCGGGGAACUGGUGCGCCUGAAGAACCCCUCCAGUCUGUGGUCCAGCAGCUCGUCGCCCCGUCCCAUCCUGCCAAAGAGCAGUCGCAGCAGUGGCGUGAUCAACAGGUACCAGCACCAGUGCGAGUUGAUGCCGGGGCAGGAGAAGCCGUCGACGGACCCGAUGCCACGGUCGAGCCGGAUGUUGGGCCUGGGGGGCUUUGGGCGGAGAGUGAGGGAGUUGCCGCCCCAGCCGAGGAAGCCCGAUGGCCAGAAGGGGCAGGUGGCGAGCAACGGCGGCCACUACGGGAGGAUCGCGCAGCAGGCGGUGAAAAAGGACUCGGAGCCGAUUUACGAGGAGAUCCGGGAGUCGAGGUCGAGGUCGUUGGAGAACAGUGGCAGGGCGGCGACACCCAAGCGCUCGGUGUUUUCGCGGCUGUUGCACCGUAGGCACGGGCGGGCGUCGGUCUGCGGUGAUGGCAAUCCGGCUGGUGGGGCUGCGGUUCUUGUGAGGGUGUCGUCGCUGCCGGACCAAGACUUUGCGAACCUCACCACGGCCGAGGUGGUGGAACCCAGAAGACAGAGGCUGUCGGAGUCGGACGGGGACGAGAGGCGGAACGGGGGUGUCCGGUUGAGUAGGUGUCGGGUUACCGGUGGGAGUAUGGAUGCGGCCGUGGGGUGCGACUUUUCCGACGCGGACAGGACCGAGGUGGACGGGCUCUGCGUCACGGCUCACACUGCCGGUGGGAACGGAGCUGCCAGGGAACUCGUCGGGAAGGAGGACAACCAAUCGGCAUCGUUGCCCGUAUCGCUGCAUUCCCUGCUCUCCCGGUUGACGAGGAGUGGAGGCUCCUGCUGUCCGAACGGCAUCCAGGAGGGCCCGACUUGCUCGGACAUGGCGACGCAAACGUCGCCGGGAAUAUCGCGAAGCUCGAGCUUCACGUGGGUCAGUGACUGCGAGUCCCCGCAUAACGACCUGCACGGUGACGUGAGAUCGCUACAGGACGAGGUGAUACUGAAGCCAGCCUCGCCCCAAAACACCGUGGACGACGACAAUAGAUCCUCUUCGUCAUCACAGGACCUUUUUCAGAGCAUGGACGAGAUUUCUUCGGGCAGCGUGUCGCCGGACGCCAUAGACCGAGCCUCGCCGCUCGAGAGUGGCAUCGGAACGGCCAGUCCGCCCAGGAGCACCGAUCGACGCCUCGUUAAACCACCGACAUCCACACCCAUCGAUGUGACCCCAAAAGCAUCGGUAACCGCAGCCCUGGCGUCCUCGGAACCGGCCCGGUCUCCCCCGACGAAGCAAGAGACAUGGGAGCGGAUCCGCCGGCGACCCUCGAAGCUCUACCCCAGGGGCCUCGGCGAGGACGGCAACAGCGACAGCGUUUGGAUAAGACGCGAGAGCGUCCACACCCAGACGGGCCCCGACGAGCAGCCGGCGGACUGCUCCCUCGAGACCGUCGACAGCAGCAGUGGCCUCGACGACUCGCUACCCAGGCCCAAGCCCCGGCCGUGCGACUUCCACCUCGGCCUGUCUACCGGGAGCAGCUCUUUGAGCUCGGGUGAGAUCCCGGUCAACGUGCCCCGCGACGCUGGCCCGUCGUCACCGUCCACCGGGAGCUUGCAGCUCGGUCGGGCGCUUCCACCUCUGGGCAUCGAAUUCGCGAACAAGAGCAACAGCGCGCCCCUGCUCGACAACAAGACCAGGAGCACCACUGGGGGCAUUAGUAGCACCACCGAGGAGCCGAACCUGCAGCAGCCCCGUUCGCAGUCCGAGCGACAAAUAUCAGGUGAGUCGAGCUUUUGUACAACAUAUGUAUUCACGCCGGCCGAUCCAUACCAUUAUGCGCACGGUGGGGUCCUGAAAAUGUUGGUUGCUGUAAAGUGA